CAUUGACUGCCGUUAGUUCUUUUAUCAACUUUAAUGUCAUGCUCAAUUUGCGAACAACGCUAUUAUAAAUUGAGGAAAUUUUAACAUUUACCAAGUUCUGUUUUAUGCAGCACAAUGAGGACACUUAUUGUAUUUACUUUUUUAUGUGCAUUCUUGAACAAAUUAGAAUGUAAAAGCGACACAGUAGAUGUAUUCGAAUUCGGAACACAUGAAGGACGCGUGGUAUUUUCAACAUCCGGUAAUAUUGGAUUAUUGAAGAAAAAUGUGAAAGUACCACUAAAAGUACCAUAUUGUAUGGAUCUUACCUACGUUCGAGUGGAAGUGGAUAAUUGGCGAGCCCCACCAAAAGUAGACUUUGACCCCGAAAUCAAUACUGUCAACAUAAAGUACAGAAGACUACAGUACAGCAAGUCUUCCUAUACAGUCAUUGCUAAGGGUAUUCCUGUUAAAAAUUGCGUGAAAAAACAAUAUUCUAAAUAAUUG